AUGACCCACUCCGACGGUGGUUAUGAUGGAAAGCCGGGCCGCAUCUUCACAGUUCAGAACCAAAAGAACAUUCACGAGAAGGUUCUGGAGCUGGACUUUGAGGAGGCAGUCACAGAGAUCUGGUCCGUGGACAGCCAAUACUCAGCCCACGAUGGCGUCAUCGUGCAAGUCACGGGUUCCCUGCAGUGCAAGGGCAAGCCGCAGCGCAACUUUGUGCAGACCUUCUUCCUAGCGGUGCAAGAGAAGGGCUACUAUGUGCUCAACGAUAUCUUCCGCUACCUUCGCAGCGCCCCUCAAGCCACCCCCCUGCCAGCCCCCGCCACUGUCUCCCCCGUCCCAGCUCCCUUGGAGAAUGGCUACGCCAGUGCCCCCCCCUCCAACCAGGUCCGCGCACUGGAUGCAAGACCACUGGCUGCUGCAGCGCCUGCCACCCCUCCCGCGCCUGCCCAGAUCCCCCACAUGCCGGUCUCCGCCCCAUCAGCCACAGUUGCCCCCGCACAUGCCGCCCCCUCCGCCACUCCCGCUCCAUCUGCCCCCGCCCCUGUCCAGCCUGCACAGCCCGUUGAACCCGUCCAUGAGGCGCCAGCCGUGUCACCGCCGGAGCCCGUGCCGGAGCCAGAGGAGCCUGCAGCAGAGUGGCCCAACCCCACAGAGCCUGAAGAGGAGCCUGAACCGGAGCCAGAGCCUCAGCCAGAGGAGGCUCCCACGCCGCAGCAGCCGGCGGCGCCGAGCGUGCCGCUGACGUACGCGGAGCGGCUGAUGGCAAACACCAACAAGCAGAACACCGCCGCGCCCUCCGCCCGCCCCCAGCCCAGCGCUGCCCCUGCCGCGGCCCACGCCCCUGCUCCUACCCAGACCAACCCCAAGCCCACCGCCCCCGCCCCCUACAACGGCAUCCCCAACGGCAACCACCACACCGAGAACGGGUACUACAGCCGCGAUGAGCUGCCCGGCACGAGCGUGUUUGUGCGCAACCUGCCCCAGGACGUGACCGAGGAGAAGCUGGAGGCGGCCUUCAAGGAGAUCGGCGCCCUGCGCGGCGCCAAGCCUGUCAACCUCAAGAUCCAGAAGGGCAAGGAAUCCUUUGCCUUUGUCGACUUCCAGGAUUCCACCGCCCAGCAGGCCGCCAUCGCUGGACCCGUCCUGGUCGACGGCCACCAGGUGACUGUGGUGGAGAAGAAGCCGCAAUUCAUCAAGAGUCGCGGCCGCGGGCCGGGCCCUGUGCGGGGCGGCUUCCGCGGCGGCCGUGACGGCGGCCGUGGGGGCCGCGGCGAUGGCGGGCGUACCGGCCCCGGCGGCCGCUUCCUGGAGCGCGGCGCCUCCAUCGGCAGCGAGCGCAGCGAGAGCGCCCGCGGCGGCCGGCGUGGCGGCCGGGGCGGCCGCGAAGGCGGCCCCCCUGGCGCGGGUCGUGCCCCGCGCGGCCGCGGCGAAGGCCGCGGCGAGCGGCCGGCUCCGGCAGUCGCCGCAGCCUGA